GGUUGCACCGGCUUCCCUCUUGUCCUUUGCAUAUACGAGCUAUUUGUUAUUGCAAACCGUAGACCAUAUGUUUUCUGUCUCUUAGUCCUGCGACACUGUCGGGUCAGUCAGAGCAUUUGGCGCAGUGCUUACGCGAGGUUGAAAUAAAGCGCUCCUGGGACUCACUUCACUGAUGGUCGUGAGCUUCCAUCACAGGCCCUGCUCUCUGAUCAGUGCAGCUAGUUCCUCAUAAGAAAAUGGUCCGGUGAGGUAUAGUUUCGGACGACGGAGGGGUUUUCAGCGAAAAGGUCAAGACUGUGUUUUGGGGGAAAAAAUGAAGAUUUGGAGCACGGAACAUGUUUUCAGUUACCCGUGGGAGACAGUGAUCAAGGCUGCCAUGAGGAAGUACCCCAACCCCAUGAAUCCUAACGUGGUCGGGGUGGACGUGCUGGACCGCGGCCUGGACGCUGAGGGACGUUUGCACAGCCACAGACUCCUGAGCACAGAGUGGGGCCUACCAGGGAUCGUACGAGCGAUACUAGGGACCAACCAUACGCAGACCUAUGUGAAGGAACACUCCAUAGUCGACCCUGAGGAGAAAAAGAUGGAGUUGUGUUCAACAAAUAUUACUCUCACCAACCUCAUAUCAGUGGAUGAGAGACUUCUUUACAGGCCACACCCAGACAACCCUGAGGUUACCGUCCUGACCCAGGAGGCCAUCAUUACAGUCAAGGGAGUCAGUCUAAGCAGUUACCUGGAGGGGAUGAUGGCCAGGAGAAUGUCAGCUAAUGCCAGGAAGGGCUGGGAUGCUAUUGAGUGGAUUAUUCAGAACUCUGAAAGAGAGAACGUACCUCUCUGUGACAUUUACUAACUCUGGGCUGCAGUUCCACAGUCUCGACGACUUUCCCCGGCUACACCUCAUAAACCACCGGGGAACUUCAGCAUCUCGGGAUCCUCUGCAGUUGGGACUUGAACUGUGUGGGAGCUGUUGUGGAUUUUCACCCCCACAGCCUCCCUCUCUCACCUCUAGACUACAUGCACUGGAAGCUCAGACAGACGGUGAAAUGUUGCCAAAGCUGAAUGGUUAAAAGGAGCGAAAGCGUGUUAUAGUCGGAUUUAAAGGCUCAUUAACCCAUUAACAGUUCUAAUUAAGGCAUUGUGUUGAACAUACUCUCCUGCUAAAUCGCCACAUGGUUUUAAAAAGUCAUUUAUGAGCAUACCAAACUCCACUGGUUUGAAUAUUAUAUUACAACUCCACAUAUACUUUGAUCUCAUGUCAUAGCUUCAGUUUAAAAAGAUACUCAAGGAAGGAUGCAAGAGGGAGACACGCACAAUCUUUUGAAAACAAUAUGAUAUGCAACAAACUUCAUAACUUUAUUUUUCCUGAUGUAAUUCAUCUGUAAUGUCACACACUGGAGACUCCAAUACUAGCAGUUAAGGUCAGAGUUGAUACUGGUGCUUAUUAUGUGUUUCAAGAGGCACAAACUGUAGAUGAUAUGUUUGCAUGAUAGUAGUACAAGGAAGGGAAGGAAGGAAGGGGGGGGGGGGGAUUAGAGAAAAAUGGGCAGUGUGGUAGCUAGUUAGCCAGGCAGCUAGCUCUAAUUAUCUAAAAAAUUAUAUUGUUUAUAUCAGAAAAAAGAUGGGAAUGUACCAUUAAUAUUGCCUUGUGUUUUUGCUGUCAAAGCAUCAAUACACUGGCACCUUUUUGAUGUAAAAUUGAUAGGCAGUAUCGCCUUAAGCCGGCAGAUUGGUAAUUGGACUAAUGAGGAAGAUGAAGAUGCCAGUGUAGUAAAAUGAUGGAUGGACUCUCUCUGUGGGCAGAAUUACCUAUUCGUAUGGCCUUAAAUCGAUGCCUGUGUAUUAUUGCUUUGGCAGUGUUAUGUCUAUGCCAGUCCUACGCAUCAUGCUUCCUAAUGUCAAACUAUUCCGUAAAUACUACCUGUUUGCCCCUGAGGAGCAGGCCAGUACUGUACUCAAUGCUGCAGUGAAAGAUGCACACCAUGACUUACGUGCUAAUUCAUUUUUCUUGGUCAAAAUGAAUAAUAUUUACAUAAUAUUUGUAUAAAUAUUAUUUAUUUAAAUACAUUGCAUAACAAGCAGUGAAUCAUUACAUUGUUUAUAUUGUCAGUGUCAUGUAAAAAUGUUUCAUUUGCUUUUUAAAUUCUGUUUUAACUUCAACUGUUGUCCUACUACAACAAUUAAAACAAUUGUUUGAGAAAAUUUCAUUUUAGAAAUUGAUGACGUGAACACUGUGUUUGUUGUUGUUCACUGUCUAAUAACCCUUGUGUUAUUAUACAGCAGGCCUGCCUAAUUAAGACUAAUAUCCCAGGGUCCUUUUAGUGAAAAGACACCGGAGAGAUCUGCUUGCUCUCAUAGUUACUUAGUGCCUUGAGCAUUUCCCCCACCAUUGUUCGAGUAGGCUGAGAUGCUUUCCUGUUAAGAAUUCCCUUUGUUUUUUUUGAGUCUCAGUUCAGUGUUUCAUCAUCUAAGCGUAGUUUCAUUUUUCUGUUCCAGUAAGAAACACUCAGGUGUGAAUAUCGAUGGAAACUCAGAGGCAGAGAAAACAUCUCACACAGACAGUUUGUUGUCCUGAUGAUGCCAAGCACCUUCUUUCUAAAUUGUUUAAUCACUACGUUGCAGUUCAUCAUUUGUCCAGCAGAGAGCACACAUUUGCUGUUAGCAACAGGAGAACCAAAGGGCUGUUCCCGUUCACCUCCAGCAGGAGGCCCAUUUCAGUUUCAGCUCUUUUAACAAUUUUCUAUAUACUGGUUCAGUGUGCUGAGAAAAAUCUAAUUAAGGCUACAUGUAUGGUUAUUUUUGUUUAUUUAUUCAACAGAACAUAAACAAAACGCAUUGCAUAGCAUGUACAUCAUUCCUCACUGUCUAAGCAGUGAUAGAGGAAAAUCUGGGUCACACAGCCUUUCUUCAAACCCAAUAGUGCAAGCUGAGCCACUUGCCAGAAUCUCAAUAAAUAAAUACAAAAACACAAUCAGUUGUGUGUUUAAAAAAAAAAAAAAAAAAAAAUCAUGCAGGAGGCUACAGAAAAAUACGAUGUUUCAGACUUUGGUACCAGAGCCUCAGAUCUUAAAUACCACUCUUGGUGAUGUUAAAAAAAAAAAAAA